AAAAAAAGAGACAGGCAGUGGUUGUUGAGAGGUUUAAGUGGAUCUCGUCUCGCUCUGAAGACCAAGGAAGACCGAGUGAGAAUCUCUAGGAGAGGACGGGAAAUGGGCAAAGAGAAACCUAACGAAAUGGACAGCAACAAUUAUCGAUUUUGCCUCCCAGGCGGCGCAAGGGCGGCAUUUUUACAUACAGCUACACGCACCACACAGUCGUGUCAGUACUCCGUCCACAGCAUGGAAGUGUUGGACCACCACCUCUCCCGCCCUUUCCCGGAUGAUGGAUCGAUGCAACCCCAGCGCCAGAAUGUCCGCCGAAAAUCGCAGGGACCGCCAUUUUUACAUACACCUAGGUGCUGCAUUGUUGUGCUCAUCAACCUCACCUUCACAGAUUCCAACAUGGUCCAUCAACAUAGUGCAGGUGCACCACAGCCGAACGGGAAAGGGCGGAAGACAGACUGCUGGCUGCUGGAUGGAGCUUGGGGAACGUUGCCGGUGCGGUGCGAAGCGGUACGGCGCAUCAUCCUCGUCGCUUCGUCGCUUACACCGGCUGUGGUCUUCCAAUGCUUCCAGACGAUUCUCCAUUCUCGUGGGUUGGGGUUGCCUAUCCGUACCUUACCUUACCUUGCGAAAUUGGGGGUGGUCUGUUUCUGUUUCUGUCUGUCCCCCGUAUCCGAUCGAGAUCAGGAUCAGGCCCCUUGCCCAAAACGAACCAAGAGAAGGAAAGAAAGAAAACAAAAAAAAGCCGUUGUUUAUCCACCAGCAGCCAGCGGGAGACUGAGAGUCGCGUUUCCAGUACUACCGAUUCGGGCGCACUCGAGCGCCGCGGGAUGA